UAGACGUGAUGCUAUACGAAUCCUCCCUUAGCUCGCGAUCUCGCCCCUCCCUGAUCAGUUGUAGCGCUACAAUUUACCGCCCUGGGUGAACAGCUUCUCACUCAUCUUCACAUGGUUGACGAACUCUGAAUGGGUGGCGAGCGCUGACUGAGAACACGACAUCUGCAUGAUGCCCUGUUGAAGCGCAGUGUACCAUUUCCUCCUCAGGUUCAAUCUGGCAAGGAAUUACAUCGCCGGACGGUCGGGACUUCGGGACAGAGCCUCAAACCUUGAUUCGUCUUUCCCUAGUGGAGAAUAAACCUCCAUCACCAUGGCUAUCGCCUCUCCUUCGCAUUCGCCCGGCAUAUUCGCGAUCACGAAAGCCAGAGUCCUUUUAUUCGUCUCUCUAGCAAUAACAUGGUGGCUCGCCUCGAUCUUUCCUCACUACAAGCCCAUGAUACGAGCCGAGUUCAAAUCGAGGUUAGGUGAGGCACGGCAGAGGAUACCGUCGAUCAAGGUCGACUGGCAUCAGACCAGCGAAGACCCCCGUAACGCCUACAAUGCUUCCAAGCUCGCCAUCUUGAUCGAGCCAAGACCCUUGCCGCACCUUGUCCCCCAGAUCCUCCACAUGAUAUCCGUGGUCCCGCCUGACUGGCGAUUCCUCUUCAUCGGCUCGGAGAAAAGCGUCGUGAGCGUGGGAAGGCCAUACGCAACAAAGCACCAGCAGGUUAUCGGCAAGCUGGACUUGAUGGUCCUUCCGGAACCGUGGGAGAUAGACACAAAGGAAAUGGUCUUCAGGCUCCUGACUGACAUUCGCUUCUACGAGGAGUUCCUGCCCGGCGUCGAGUGGAUUCUCAAGUACGAAGCCGACAGCAUCAUGUGCGCAAACUCGGACGACAGCUUGAACAAUUGGCUGGAUUGGCACUGGGCUGGUGCGCCGAGGACUCCCGACGACCGAUUCUCGGGGAAUGGUGGACUGUCCCUACGUCGCGUGUCUGCGAUCAAACGAGUCUUGGGUUUUCAGCAGCGAUACAACAACAGCGAGCCCGAGGACGAGUGGUUUGGGAAGCGCCUGUGGGUAUUGCCGGGCGCAAAGGUUGCCGCUGGGGCCGAUGGUGCAUUGGCUGUCGAGGACGUCUACAUGGAGAACUCGAUGGGGUUCCACGUGCGCAACGGUGGAACGCAACUGUCCGACGGCGUGUGGGCCGACCCCAUACAACGAAAGAGCAUCCUCGACUACUGCCCCGAGCUGAGUAUGAUCAUGGAUAUGAAGCUAGAGCGGGAACGGUGCAAGGGAGACGACCAGCAGGGGGCCAUCCAUCCAACCGAGGCGGAAAGGCAGGCAGAGGAGGUAAGGAAGAUGCGAGAGGAGGCGAGGAGGAAGCAAGAAUUGUCGAGUAUCCAGCAGAAGGAGAGGAUAAAGGAACUUCAGGAAGAGGCGGCGAGAGAGGCAGCCGUGGAAGCGGCAAGGAAUGGCGACUUUGCCAUGGUGAACGGCACAGUAGUAUUGCCCACACCGGUGUCACAAGCCGGCAGCAGCCCACAAACAUCGGAAACCACGGCACGGCGGUGAUCGAUCCAGGGAACAGUAUCGAAGAUGCAUGGAGGGAGUCUCGGGCAUGAGCCUGGAUUUUUGGUGGGCAGAAAGAUGACCAUCCAUGACACGUUACCACUGGUCCUAGACACAG